AUGGCGACCGAGUCCAACGGCAUGCACAUGACGUCGUCGUCGUCGCCGCCGCCCGCGCCCGACGACGAGCCGCGCUACGGCGGCUACUCGCGAUUCGAGAUUGAGCUCGAGUUCGUCCAGUCACUCGCGAACCCGUUCUACCUCAACCACCUCGCGGCGCAGAAGCUCCUGACACAACCGGCGUUUGUCGCGUACCUGGCGUACUUGCAGUACUGGAACCGCCCGCCGUACCUCAAGUACCUGACGUAUCCGGGGCCGACGCUGCGCCAUCUGGAGCUGCUCCAGCAGGAGCGCUUCCGGCAGGACAUCAUGAGCCCGGACCUGGUGCAGCGACUGGUCGAGGAAGGCAUGCGCAGCGCGGUGCAGUGGCACCGGGAGGGAGCCUAA